GGUGAGAACGGUAGUAUGAGCUGGAACUCGGUGUUAAACUGGUUUGCUGGCACGGGCUGGUUGGUCGGUCGUUGAUGGUAGCCAUGGCCCGAUUUGCUGCGCUACUGCUGCUACCGGUUCUCGUUGAAUCGGUCUUUUCAAUCUCAUUCUUUUUACCGGUCAAUUCCAGAAAGUGUUUACGAGAAGAGAUCCAUAAAGACGUCCUGGUCACGGGAGAGUAUGAAAUUGGCGAACAGGCGAACACAAAAACUAAUCUGAAGAUCACAGACUCUUCCAGCCACAUUCUUUACUCCAAGGAUGACGCCACAAAGGGAAAGUUUGCCUUCACCACAGAGGACUAUGACAUGUUUGAAGUUUGCUUCGAAAGCAAAUCACCAAUGGGAACUGGAAGAGUACCCGACCAGUUGGUCAAUCUGGACAUGAAGCACGGUGUUGAGGCCAAAAACUAUGAAGAGAUUGCAAAAGUGGAAAAACUGAAGCCUCUGGAGGUUGAGCUGAGGCGGCUGGAGGACCUGUCAGAAUCCAUCGUGAAUGACUUUGCUUACAUGAAGAAGAGGGAAGAGGAGAUGCGGGACACCAACGAGUCCACAAACACACGCGUGUUGUACUUCAGUAUAUUCUCCAUGUGCUGUCUCAUCGGACUGGCCACAUGGCAGGUCUUCUACUUGCGGCGCUUCUUCAAGGCAAAGAAGCUGAUCGAGUAGAGCGGUUCACCUGGCUCCGUUCCCCGAGGAACCCUGCCCGCCAGUCGGCAACCCCAUCCCAGCAUCCACCCUUCUUGGACUAGCGUCAACAAGCAACAGCAAGUGGGGCUGAGGGGCUCAAAAUCUGGUUUUCAAGGUUGAGAGAAAAGGGUUUUCCUCCGGGGGAACAUCUGCUUGUUACGUAGCUGUCAACAAGAAAAGCUCUGCAAGGAGAAAUGAAGUGAGAUAAUGGUUGUUUCUUUCUGCACCGUUUUUACUGUUGCAGCUUCCUGAACAAGAUUCCUUCAUCAGUUGAAUCGUGUUUUAUUUUGAGCUCACUUUGAAUGGAUACACCAUGAGUGAAUGUUUCUGCCCUUCUGUUGAAAUGCAUUCUUUGCCAUGUCAUGCAAACUAGAUCAUCUGUCCUUUUGUCGACCAGGGCUCAUUGAAAACAUGGUUUGUUGUUACUUUCAGAAAUUGGCAACCACUGAAACUUUGUGUCGUGUCACUCAGUAGCUAUAUUUAACUGUGUCUUUAGUUUUUCAUAUUGUAACUGCCACUUAGUUGCUUCUACUGGAAGGGUUUGAAUUUUCACAUUAAUAUUCCUUUAUUGUAAAUUUGGUCACUUCCUUGAUCUCUUGCAUGUUCGAGUUUUGUUUUUGGAACCUCCAUCAUCCAAGAACCAAAAAUCCUCUUCUUGCACCGACAUGGUUUGUAUGACGCAUUCAUGCAAGUUUCUCAUCAGAAUGCAAGUUGGUAGUUGUGACAAAAAAUUAGAAGUUAUUCAGACAUUUGCCCCUUUUUUGCUUUACACCUGAUUAUAUUGUUUCCAAUAACAGUCCUUGCAGAUCCAUCCAGUGUUGGUUUUAUUUUUGUUUUUUCGUUGGAAGUGUUUGAAUCUUGGGUCACGUCAAUGUGGGUGUUUGCAGGUUUUCAUAUUGGUUUUGACAGGAAGUAAUGGCUGUCCUGGUACAUUUUUAACAAUGGAACAUGCGCAUUCAGCGCAGUCAGUGAUUUUUAUGUUGACUGAUAAAUUUUGUAAAUUUGUGUUGGGCUUUUAUUCAAUAAAAAUAUUGGAUGGAUUUACAUGA